ACAGUAAUAAUUGAAUGCAGUGACAAUAAUUUAUGAUAAUAAAGAGUGGACACAUAGUCCUACAGAUACAACCGGCUCUUUGAGGGUGACCAAACUGCUGAUGCGGCCCCCGAUGAAUUUGAGUUUGACACCCCUGUUCUACUGUAUAUAUAAUUCUUCCAGUGUCCUUGUGUCAGUAUGUCGCCACUAUCUUUUGCUGUGAAGAAUAAUGCCAAUAAUUCAUCCAGUUUCUUUGCAAUCUCCCUAUUUUCUUUCAAUAGUUCGUUUACUCCUUUGUCAUCUGGGGCUACAACAGUCUGCUUGGCUGGUUUCCUGUUCCUGAUGUAGUUCUGAUGUUGUUGUUGUUGUUGUAAUGUUAGCAAGGACCAAUACUAUAGAGAGAAAAUCGGGGCAUCUCUGUCUAGGAUGCUUUACUAUAUGCUGGAUAGGUGAUGUGCUGCUGGACCAUAUGGUCAGGGAGCACAUCCCAUAAUAUAGAGGUCACAUCUGAAGUCGUGUGUUUCCACAACCUGUGUGCCUGACCCUCUGGUCUGGGAUAUGGAGCUGGCCGUUACCCAUUCAUCUGAGUUGAAACUGGUUGAGUAAAACAGGAUGGUUUAUCUUUGAAUGCCUGGAAGUGUGCAAUGACCAUUAGCUCUAUCUCCCAAAAUGGAGGUCUGACAGGCCGAGAGCUGGAUGUGAUGUACUUUAGACUUUCUACUCCUAAUCUCCUUAACCUCACCAUCUGCUGCCAUCACUGUUAGAUGAUAACAGAUACAGUUUUGCCAUGAGGCCCCAAACAGCACUUAAAACUGUUGCAGUCCCAUAGCACUGGAAGAUGCAUGUGUCUAAGGUGAGAUCGCAUUCUGGCAAAGGACAAAGCUUUUAUUUUUUAUUUUUUACCGAUAACUUUAAGCUAGAGUCACUGAACAUCAUGGAUAAGUUUUUUAGCUACCAAUCAGAAACAUUAUUUGUUAGGAAAGAAAUGUAAGAUCGGAGAAAGCACAAUAGAAUUACGUAUAAAAUCAAACUUAGUACAGUGGUACCUCUACUUACGAAUUUAAUGUGUUCUGAAUGCACAUUUGUAAGUCGAAAAAAAUGCAUUGGGAGAAAAAAAUCGUAAGUAGAAGCAACCCUAUCUAAAAAUUCGUAAGUAGAAAAAAAUCCUAUCUAAACUGCAUCCAAGAUGGCGGACGGAACUCCAUUCGUAAGUAGAAACAUUCGUAAGUAGAAACAUUCGUAAGUAGAGGUACCACUGUAGCCGAGUUCAAACUCCUGCCAGGGUUGUACUGUUUUUAACAUAAGCUUCACCUGUAAACAUUGACAAAUGAUAGUACUCAAAUCCACUCCGUGAAAAGAUCUACCUCCUGAUUGAGUUACAGAGCAGGCCAGGCAAGGUUCUUUUUGAUCAAUUGGCAACCUUGUCUUUAACUACACUACGAUGGUAUUCCAGCCAAGUCUGCCUUUGGUCUUCAACCCCCAGAUACAUAUAUUCAACCUGGCAUUGCUUUGCCUUUUUCUCUGCCUGGUGGGCAUGACUGGUACCAAAUUGUAUGGGAAACUGCCCUGCUAGAAAAGUUAACCAACAAAAUUAAAUGAGCACAGGUACAAGUAAAAGAGGAUGCCUUCACACCAGCGUGGACCCCCUUUAUCACAUCUACAGCUCAACAAGACAAUGACCUAUCCCCUCCAACAGCAUACAAACAAACAAACAAACAAACAAAGGAAGGAAGGACCUACUUAUGUGACCCUGACACAGAAACCACCCUGCACAGACACUAUGUAAUAGAAUGAAAGAUCAGUAUCUCUCCCCUGCUCUCUCUCCCUGCCUCUUUCCCGCAACCGCAUAAGAUGUCUGCAACACCGAAUGGAACUGAACUGUGAAAAAGACUAUGAAUUGAAAAUGGAGAUGCUAUAUGUACCUUUGCUAUACAAGAAAAUCUGUAAUAAAAUCCCAACGUUACACCACUGAGUUGGAUUUGUGGCGCUGCAGAGGGGUUAUUUUGUACUUGUUGGUGCAGCACUUUGGUUUUUUGGAUGUUGAGUGAUAGGCCAAGCUUUUCGUAAGCUUCUGCAAAGAUAUUUAGGAUGGUAUGGAGGUCAUCCUCUGAGCGUGCCCAUACUACGUUGUCAUCAGCAUACUGAAGCUCUAUGACGGAAGUUACGGUAACCUUACUUUUUGCUUUCAGCCUGUUCAGAUUGAAGAGCUUUCCAUCUGUUCAAUAUAUGAUUUCUACUCCAGUGGGGAGUCUCCUGUCGACAAAGUGUAGGAUUGACAAAGUGUAGGAUCAUGUCAAUGAAAAUAAUGAAUAGAGUUGGGGCAAUAACACAACCCUGUUUAACACCUGAUCCCACUGUGAAUGGUUCACUUUGAGAGCCAUUGUUAUCUGCGAUUGUUGCUGUCAUAUUAUCAUGGAGGAGCCAAAUGAUGUUUACAAAUUUAUCUGGGCAGCCAACUUUCAGAAGGACAGUCCACAGGGCAUUACGAUUUACAGUGUUGAAAGCCUUAGUCAGGUCAAUAAACGCCAUAUUCAGGGGUUGGUUUUGCUCGCUGCACUUUUAUUGAAGCUGCCAAGCAGUGAAAAUCAUGUCUACUGUCCCCCUAGAAGGCCGAAAACUGUUUUGGGAUUCAGGAAGGGUCACCUCGGAUAUUGUUACCAGACGGUUUGCUAAGAUCCUUGCAAGAAUUUUGCCGGCCGCAGCUAAUAGAGAGAUGCCUCGAUAGUUUCCACAAUCAGUUCUGUCACCUUUUCUAAAAGAGGUUGAUAAUUUUGGCAUUUCUAAAGUCUGCUGGGAUUUCUUCUCUUUCCCAGAUUUUUUCGAUGAGCUUGUGAGGUUGUUGUGCAAGUUCAAUUUUGCCCACUUUGAAGAUUUUGGCAGGUAUCCCAUCAGGUCCACUGGCUUUGUUGUUUUUCAUUUGGUUAACAGCUGUACACAACUCUCCCGGAUUUGGAGAUAUUGCAAGCUCAUCUCUAACUUGUUUUUGCGGAAUUUGUGAGAGGACCUCAGCAGCUAUGGGGGAGUUGUGAUAAAGGAGAUGUUGGUAAUGUUCUUUCCAGCACAGUGCAAUAGCUUCUUUAUCUUUUAGAAGUUUGAUACCGUUUGCUGAGCGUAGGGGUAUAUGCCAUGAUUUAUUGGCCCAUAGAUGGUCUUUGUGGCUUUAAAGAAACUCUGUGCAUCAUGAGUGUCGGCUAAGUACUGGAUCUCUUGAGCUUUUUUUUAUCCACGAGGUGUUUUUUAGUUCUCUGGUUCUUCCUUGAACCUCAGCCUUAGUGUUGGCAUAGGUUUUUUUUCUUAGUGGCAGAGUUUCUAUCUCUUUGCCAGAUCUGAAAGACCUUCCUUUUCUGGUCAAUCAUGUGUUCAGUCUCACUGUCAUUCUCAUCAAACCAGUCCUGGUUUUUCUUGGUUUGGUUUCCAAUAGUUUUUAGCUUGGUCCAGUGUUCCUCAAUGUUAUCAGGGAAUUCUGAAAGCAGAUGGUACUUUAAGAAGCAAAGAUCACCAGUGUUGAAGUAAUGAUUCUUCAACAUGUGGAUGCCUGAUGAUCGUCUUCCAAAGCAACUACUCUAUUCUGAACUUAAAAAUGGAAAGCGUAAUGCUGGUGGUCAACAAAAAAGGUUUAAAGGACUGUCUCAAGGCAAAUCUUUAAAAAAUUAGUAUAAACACUGACAAAUGGGAAACACUGGCCUGCGAGCGAUCCAGUUGGACACCUAAGGUGUCAUGGGCUUUGAAGAAACUCGAUCUCAGGACGCAAGGGAGAGACGUGCUAAGAGGAAGGCACACUUGGCAAAUCCAAUGUCCCCACUGUGGAAGGACGUGUGGAUCCAGAAUUGGCCUCCACACAGUCACUUAUGGACCCAUUGUUAAAACCGUGUUUAUGGAAGACAAUCUUACUCGGCUACGAGUGAUCGCCAAAGAAGAAGAAGAAGAUGCCUGGUAUAAAGCAUUAAAGUUACUUUCUGUAAAAAAUUUUUAAAUAAAUCACACUGUAUGGUCAAGGAUAUAGAAUUGCUAAGAAUAAGGUCACACCAAAAUAGAAAAAAUGCUAUUACAUAUACAGUCAUACCUUGGUUUAAGUAUGCCUCGGUUUGAGUAUUUUCAGUUUAAGUACUCUGUGGACCUGUCUGGAACGGAUUAAUCCACUUUCCAUUACUUUCAAUGGGAAAGUUCGCUUCAGGUUAAGUACGCUUCAGGUUAAGUACAGACUUCCGGAACCAAUUGUGUUUGUAAACCGAGGUACCACUGUAGUUGAAAUACAUACAAAUUCAAUUUUUCAUCAGAUUAAAUGAAUAACAUUUUUAAAACUAAAAAAAAGAAAGUUUUCUGUAGCUCACAUUUCAGAACUGCCAAUGGUGAAUGACACAAUGCCAAGUAAUGUAACUGGAUCAAAAAAAUUCAUUACUUCCACUGGCAAUAUCACAGUUUGACUCAUUGUUUACUAGAUUUUUAAAUGUGGGUUGUAAAACUGGUUCUUUCAUUAGAAUUUACAGUUUGUAGAGAAUAUUUUCUGGAGAAUUUUCUAGCAGAGAAUAUUCUUAUUCUCAAGAAUAUUCUCAUUCACAAGAAUAUUUUCAAAUCACUAAGUGUAUCUGCCACUGUUCUUAGUGUGUCCUUCCUAUGCCGCUCAUCUUGAUCUUCGACAACUGAAUGUGUGUUUUCAGGAACCCUGUGACUUACAGUUUUGAACUGUUUUUAAUAUUGGAUUUUAAUUAGUUGGUAAGCUAAUCCUGGGAUCCUGGGAUCUAACGGAGAAGGGCAGGAAAUAACAGUUGAGUAAACAAUAAUAAUGUUAUCCGCAGUACCAGCCUGCUUUGCACUAGCCUACCUGCCCGAACUGAUCACCUUAAUGUUGUUCCUUAAAGGCUUAGGGGCAUAGUUAUCCAUUCCGUGAAUACAUUUGGUGAUGUGAUGCAACUUGGGGCAAAUUAUCAUUGAUUUGGAUGCCAUCCUGGAAGGAGUUUUCUGUGCCUGGCUCCCUGGCCCCAGGGGUGCAGACUUCUUUAAAUAUCUGACUCCACAAAGGCGCUCUUGCCACACCACCCGCCUGCUGUUUAGGCUUUGAAGACACUUGAACUCAGGACGCAAGGGAGAAACGUGCUAAGAGGGAGGCACGCUUGGCAAAUCUACACCGUGAUCAACUCCCGCCUGGAAACCAAUGUCCCCACUGUAGAAGGACGUGUGGAUCCAGAAUUGGCCUCCACUGUCACUUACGGACCCAUUGUUAAAAUCGUGUUUAUGGAAGACAAUCUUACUCGGGUGCAAGUGAUCGCCAAAGAAGAAGAAGACGUUUUAAGCUAUAGUAGCAUAAUGUUUGUGAUACUUAUAAACUGGCAGUAGGUGGUGCUGUUAGUGCUGGAGCAAACAGGGGGACUUACUUGAAAAUGCCCUUGCCUUCCCUGUGGUAGACAGGAAGAAGCCAUUAUAGUUCCUUGGAUGAUGUUUACAUUAGAGUGGUAAUGAGUUUUUCGGGGGAAAUAUUCUAGCAAAAUCUCCUGACUUUUAAUUUGCUUGCAGAAAUUCAAAUGCAUAUUCUCGUAAUUUGAUUUCUACCCCGACAUCAGCAGUUGGGCAUGCUGUGGGACUAGAAUAUUUUAGGAAGAAGCAAGAAGCUAGCAAGUUGAUACUUAAAAUAUUAUCUUAAAACACAUUACAGUACAGUGAAAAAACAAAACAAAACCACACACAUUACAGUGGUACCUUGUUUUACAAACUUAAUCCACUUCGGAAGUCCGUUCUUAAACCAAGGCGUUCUUAAACCAAGGUGUGCUUUCCCAUAGCAGCGGGAGCCUCAAUUUACAAAUGGAACACACUCAACAGGAAGCGGAACAUGUUCUGCUUCCAAGGCAAAGUUCACAAGCCAAAACACCUACUUCCGGGUUUGUAGCAUUCUUAAUCCAAGUUGUUCAUAGACUAAACUGUUCUUAAACCAAGGUACCACUCUCCUUAAAAAAGAAAGAAAGAUAUACCUCAAAGCCAUAAUUUCAGAAUUCUAAAGAAUUUUAAAUCUGAAAUGUAUUAAAUUUCUCAUCUGUUACCUUGUUUCAGCUCUGCACUGUACAAGUAAGCAACUACAGAGAGGAGACGAGGACAAAGUGCUUGCAUAAGGGGAUCUUCAGUUAAGAAAGAACAGUCAACCAAAGUGUGGGACAGAUCCAUGGAUUUGUUGAUGACUUUCACGUGGAUUAUAAUUUAGCCUGUGGCGAUCUGCUGUGGUCCGUAGAAGAACAGACCAUCCGCCUUUCUGCUGCUUUUCUAUUCAUGCUGAAAUCCUAAGAGGCACCUGUUGUAUAUGAAACUGCAGGACGUGUUGUGAUGGCCUUGAAACUGCACUAAAGACGGACCUUGCCCCCUCCCCGCCGUCAUUUGGGAUUGGUACUGUUACUAUUGUGGUUUUCCCCCGUGAGUGGGCUUGCUGCUUUAUCUGGUCUCCUCCUUGUUAAGAAAAAAAGAUGUCCGAAACUGGCUCUCGUCAAGACGCCAGCACCAAGGCAGGCCUAUUGGAAAAAAACAAGAACCCAGAUGACUCUCAGCCCUCAGUCCAUUCAGAAAGGAGGAACAAAAGUGGGAUAAUAAGCGAACCUUUGAACAAAAGUCUUAAGAAGUCCCGACCGCUCUCCCACUACUCCACUUUUGGUAGCACCAGCUCAUUGAGUGAACAUUCUGAGAAAGGGGCCCCCAUAGCCAACGGCAAUGAAGCUACUAUGGAUAAAAGCAAUUCUACCUCAAAGCACAAAACCAUCUCCGACAUGCUGAGCAAGUCAGAUCUUUCUGCAGAAGGACAGAGCAUCUUGCAACAGUUUGCUCAGUCGACGGAGCUGCUCAAAAGAGUAGUCCAGGAGCACAUCCCCCUGCCUAAUGACCACGGGACGGGCAUCUCAGACAUGGAAGCUGUCUCGGCUGCAGAGACAAUGAACAGCCCAUCUGAUUUUCCUUACCUGGGGGCUUUCCCUAUCAACCCUGGCCUUUUCAUCAUGACCCCUGCUGGCGUGUUUCUGGCAGAGAGCGCGCUCCAUAUGGCCGGCUUAGCAGAGUACCCAAUGCAGAACGAAUUGGCAUCUGCCAUCAAUUCAGGGAAAAAGAAACGGAAACGGUGUGGCUUGUGUCCUCCUUGCAGAAGACGGAUAAAUUGCGAGCAGUGCAGCAGUUGUAGGAACCGUAAAACUGGCCACCAGAUUUGCAAAUUCCGAAAAUGUGAGGAACUUAAAAAGAAGCCUUCUGCUGCACUGGAGAAAGUGAUGCUUCCUACAGGCGCUGCAUUCCGGUGGUUUCAGUAGGAACAAGAAUCCCAAAGCUCUGUUGUCAUCCAGUGCAAUGUCACUGCUUGCUUGUGUUGUCUCAGGCAAGGCAUUUUUUUGGCGGAAAUGAAUGGAUGCGCCUGUGUCUCCUUUAGAACCAAAAAAUUUUUCUCGCAGAUUUCAUUCCUGUUUUUUAUAAUUUUUUUUGGCAUUUGUUUAACAUCUUCGAGUACUAGUAAAAAAACAAACAUUAACUGCUUUUCAAAUAAUUUUUUUAAAAGGAUCCAUAAAGUAACAAGACAUAAUAGAGUAUGGACAAUCAAUUUAUUUUCCUGUGUUUUGGUGUUGAUGUUGUUUAUGUGUGGAAGAUGCAGUUUUUGUGUAGAGAAUGUAAAUUUACAGUAACCUUUUAAAUCUAGUUACUAAUAAGCACUACUGUAAUUAGCACAGCUGUUUAUUCAUUCAUAUUUUUGUUUGAUUAAUUUCCAUCAUUAAAGAAAAAUAGUGUGGCUAGUUUCUAGAAUCGCUCAACUUCAUGUUUAUAAAUGAGAAUAUGUUUAAAAUAAGGUAGUUUCCCUUUCCCUAACAUACACAUAAGAUUAAGGUUUAAUCAGCAAAAUGUUUGGUAUGAAAAAGUGGAAAUGUACUGCAAAACUGGCAAGUUUUUAAAGCAAAGCAAAAUAAUAAUUAAGUUUAGACCAAGAAGAACUGCACACUAGAAUAAACCUGGAAUUAACUGCAAUUAUUCUCUUUUAGAUUUUUUUUUUACUGGAAUUCAAAUUUAAAGCUAUUGCAGAACCCGUGUUGGAAACAUAUGAGUCUUUUUCUUCUGUUCAAAGCCCUUGUUUCCCUGCUUUCUGACCAUCACUAACUGAAAGGCUGUUUGUAAUGUUCUAGCGAUUCAGGCUGUUUUGUGAAUAAAAAUGAAAGCAUGUUUUGUG